CACAACUCUCCCCUAUAUACUAUUAAAGAAUAAAGAUAAUUUUAAAGAUAAGAUUUUUGUAAUAAAGGUAAUUUUUGUCAUAUUUUUAUUUUUCGAUAAUAAUUAGCGGAUGAUUGGAAAUAUUAUAAUGGUACAUCACCAUUGGUAAUAAUAUCAGCUAUAAAUUAUCCAGCGUGAAUGAGCACCUGUAAUUAUAACCAGCAACCAUUAUUUAAUUGAAAAACAAACAAUAUAGAGGACAUAGUAUGGAACCAUUAGGAAUAACUACUGAUGAUUGCGGGAUAAAUUCCAAGUAUAAUGAUAUAAUACACAGGUCUAGUUUCUUGUCAAUCCCACUCAUUAGAUGUGAUGAUCAAGUAUUUAAUGGAAUUAUUAAACAGGAAAAUAUUGAUAAUCAAGUAUUUAAUGGAAUUAUUAAACGGGAAAAUAUUGAUAAUCAAGUAUUUAAUAGAAUUAUUAAAGUGGAAAUUAUUGAAGAAAAGGACCAUAAUAAUGAUGGUCGAUCAUUUCAAAUAGGUUCUAGAGUGCCAUUACCACUUAAUGUGAUAUAUGGUGAUCAAGCAUUUAAUGAAAAUACUAAACAGGAAAUUGUUGAUGAUCAAGAAUUUAAUGGUUUUAUUAAAGAGGAAAUUAAUGAUGGAACAGACCAUAACAAUGAUAAUCAAUUAUUACAAAAAAGAACUAAAACUGAAGAGAAAGUUAACACUAUUGAUACCGUAAUAAAAACAGAAGUAAAUUGUAUUGAAGGUUUUGAAUUUGAAGGAACAGUUGUAAACGAAAGCAAUUCUGCAGAUAUCAUUACUUGUAUGAAUUUGGACUUGCCAUCUAACUGCUUAAAGAAAAAUCCAUUGGAUAAUAACUAUGAGAAAAUCUCUACAGCAUCCAAAUUAACAAAGCAUACGAAGACAUCAGACACCAGUAAAAAAUCGUAUAAAUGUGAUAUCUGUGAUAAAGAGUUUACUACAAUAUCACGUUUAAAAAGACAUACAAGGACACAUACCGGCGAAAAGCCGUAUAAAUGUGAUAACUGUAAUCAAACGUUUUCUUUGAAUGCACAUUUAAAAAGCCAUACAAUGACACAUACUGGCCAAAAGCCGUUUAAAUGUGUAAACUGUGAUCAAGCGUUUUCUCAGAAAUCAAAUUUAACAAGGCACACAAUGACACAUACCGGCGAAAAGCCGUAUGGAUGUGAUAACUGUAAUCAAGCAUUUUCUCAGAAAUCAGAUUUAAAACGUCAUAGAAGGACACAUACCGGCGAAAAACCGUUUAAAUGUGAUUACUGUGAUCAAGGGUUUUCUCAGAAUAAUAGUUUAAUUAACCAUAUAUUGACACAUACCGGCGAGAAGCCGUAUAAAUGUGAUAACUGUGAUAAAGCGUUUUCUCGGAAAUACAAUUUAAUAGUACAUACAAGGACACAUACCGGCGAAAAACCGUUUAAAUGUGAUUACUGUGAUCAAGGGUUUUCUCAGAAUUUUAGUUUAAUUAGCCAUAUAUUGACACAUACCGGCGAGAAGCCGUAUAAAUGUGAUAACUGUGAUAAAGCGUUUUCUCGGAAAUACAAUUUAAUAAUACAUACAAGGAUACAUAUCGGCAAAAAUCUGUAUAAAUGUGAUAACUGUGAUAAAGAAUUUACGAUAAAAUCAAAUUUAAUAAGCCAUACAAGGACACAUACUGGCCAAAAGCCGUUUAAAUGUGUAAACUGUGAUCAAGCGUUUUCUCAGAAAUCAAAUUUAACAAGGCACACAAUGACACAUACCGGCGAAAAGCCGUAUGGAUGUGAUAACUGUAAUCAAGCAUUUUCUCAGAAAUCAGAUUUAAAACGUCAUAGAAGGACACAUACCGGCGAAAAACCGUUUAAAUGUGAUUACUGUGAUCAAGGGUUUUCUCGGAAUUUUAGAUUAAUUAGCCAUAUAUUGACACAUACCGGUGAUAAGCCGUAUAAAUGUGAUAACUGUGAUAAAGCGUUUUCUCGGAAAUACAAUUUAAUAAUACAUACAAGGACACAUAUCGGCAAAAAUCCGUAUAAAUGUGAUAACUGUGAUAAAGAAUUUACGAUAAAAUCAAAUUUAAUAAGUCAUACAAGGACACAUACCAAUUUUACAAAAAAGACAAACCUCAUAAUUUGAUCAUGAAUACGUUCUACUAAAUAAGAAACAACGAGUUCAUAAACUACAUCCACUUUUAUACAGACGCUUCUAAAACAGUAAAGGAAACCGGCUUCGCCAUUACAUACACCGAAGAUAACAAUCUCCAUAAAAUCGCCCCUUUCUCCAGCAUAUACACUAAAGAAACUUUCGCAAUACUUGAAGCUAUAACUAUCUGACUUUCCACAAACCACAAUUAAGUCCUCAUAUUAAGUGACUUUUUGAGCGGAAUCACCUCAAUUACCAACAUACAUACAAAAUAGAACCUCGCCCGAAGCAUCCAAAAUACAAUCCUUACAAACUACAAUACUAUCAAACUCAUGUGGGUUCCAUCGGAAUUCCUGGCAACGAAAUCGCUGGCGAAUUUGCAAUGAAAGCGGAAAAUCAUCCGGACAUCAAAAUGUAUCCACAUGUAACAUAUGAAGUUGUAAUCCACGCCCUUAAAAUCAAAUGUCAUUCUCUCUGGCAAAAUCGAAGGAAAUAACAAGCCAACCAAGACAACAAACUUAAGAAAACAAAACUUUCAAUUAAAAAAUGGCCAGACCCUCUAAUCAAGCUUACACGGUCCAAGGAUACCAUGGUUACCAGACUAUGUAUUGGACACACUAGACUCACACAUUCACAUCUAACGUUUAAGGAGUCCGAACCCAGGUGUGAAACGUGCCUCGGUGAACUCGCAAUCAAGCACAUAUUCUUAGAUUUUCCAAUUAUCAGAACAUCCGACCAAAUCAAACAUAAACACUAUCCUACCCAAAGAAGCAUGCGGCUCCGGUCAAGAAACAAAAAUAACAGUUUUCACCAAGAUAGCCGGGCUCACAGUGAACAUCUAGAACAAUGGAUCAACGACAGCUCUCUAUAAUAAUUAAAUAAAUCUUUAAAAAAAAAAAAAAAAUGAAAAUUGAAUGUAACGAAAUUAUGUAAAUAAUUGUAUAAUUGUACAAGGUUUAUUAACGUGUAUUUGAAACCUUGAAUAAAUAAUAAUAAUAUAAAAUAAAUUCAUGUUUUUAUUGGUUUCUUUCAAUUUAGUUAUAAUUUAAGUAUUAUUGUUUUAGUUAUCAAAUUGUUGAUCUUUAUAGUGGUAUCUAAAUUAUUUUAACCUUAAUAAAAACUCAGAACAAGGUUCCCCUUUUCAAAUUGUUGGUCCUAUUGUCUCAAUUUUUUAUCCAGUGACCUCGGCAUUUAUUGAAAAAAAUAAAAAUAAAUUUGUUUAUUGUUAAAAUUAAAUUUCUGUAAUAUUGUGUUUCAUUCUUAAAUACCUAUUAAAUAUUAAAAGAAACGUUUUUGAGUUUUUAACUCAAAUUAAUUUGAAUAUUUUCAUACUCACAUGGGUCCAAAAUAUUUAAG